AAGGUAAACCCCUUUCUCAGAAUGGAGAACACUAGCCUUGUCUUUAAGCCUCCUGUAGUAAAAGAGUACCUGACCAAAGGAGCCAGGUUUACCAAGUGGGAUGAUGACACAGCAGUUACAUCCCCAGUGACUCUAAAAGUGGACCCAAAGGGCUACUACUUGUACUGGACCCACCAGAACCACGACAUGGAAUUUCUAGAACUUUCAAGCAUACGGGACACAAGAUAUGGGAAAUAUGCUAAGCUUCCCAAGCUUCCAAAGGUUCGCAAUGUGUUCAACAUGGAUUUUCCAGAAAGCCACCACUUAACAAAAACACUGACUAUAGUAUCGGGACCUGACAUGGUGAACCUGACCUUUCACAACUUUUUCGCUUCCAAGGAAAAUGUUAGCAAGGAUUGGGCAGAUGAUAUACUGACAAUUGCUUACAACCCACUGACGAGCAAUGCCUGUAGACUAACCUACCUGGACAAGAUAUAUGUACGAAUCUCACUAAAGACAAACAAAGAUGGGAAGAUACCUGUAAAAAAUAUUUAUAAGAUGUUCCCUGCUGACAGAAAGAGGGUAGAAGCUGCCUUGGUUUCCAGCCAUCUCCCUAAAGGAAAGAAUGACACAAUGAAGCCAGGAGAAUUUACUGAAUCAGAGUUUAGGACAUUCCUGAUGAAUCUUUGCCCAAGACCAGAAAUAUAUGAAAUAUUUACCUCUUAUAGUGUCAAGGCAAAGCCCUACAUGACGAAGGAGGACCUGACCAAGUUUAUCAAUGAAAAGCAGCGCGACUCCCGGCUGAACGACGCACUGUUCCCCCCGCUGAAGCCAGACCAGGUCAAGAGCCUGAUUGAGAAGUACGAGCCGGCUGCUUCAAACAAGCACAGGAGCCACAUAUCACCAGAGGGACUGCUCUUUUACUUAUCUGGCUCUGAAAACUACGUGGUCGACCCUGAAAAGGUGAUUCUCCACCAGGACAUGAUGCAGCCAAUGCCACACUACUACAUCAAGUCCUCACACAACACCUACCUCACAGCGGGGCAGUUUUCGGGAAUCUCUUCCCCAGAGAUGUACCGACAGUGCCUCCUUGCAGGGUGCCGCUGCCUGGAGCUUGACUGCUGGAAGGGAAAGCCACCAGAGGAUGAGCCAAUCAUCACUCACGGGUUCACCAUGACAACGGAAAUUCUGUUCAAGGAUGUUAUUGAGGCCAUCGCAGAGUGUGCUUUCAAAACCUCUCAAUACCCAGUGAUCCUGUCUUUUGAGAACCAUGUUGACUGUGCCAGUCAGCAAGAAAAGAUGGCAGAGUACUGCAGGACAAUAUUUGGAGAUGCCUUGCUCACAGAUCCACUGGAAAACUAUCCGCUGAAGCCAGGGCAUCCCGUACCAUCUCCUGCAGAACUAAUGGGGAAAAUCCUGAUCAAGAACAAAAAAAAUCAGCCUCAGAAGAAUGCUCAUGCCCAUCCUCAUGCCCAUCCUCAUGCCCAUCCACACACCCAUCCACACACCACCCACCCAGCACACCAUGCCAGUACAGAUGAACUCAACAGCAGCACAAACCCGCAUCAUGGCCAUGAGGCAGCUCAUCACGGUCAUCACGGUCAUCACAAUCAUCACGAUCAUCACGGUCAUCACAAUCAUCAUGGUCAUCACAAUCAUCACGAUCACCAUGGUCAUCACAAUCAUCAUGGUCAUCACAAUCAUCACGAUCACCAUGGUCAUCACAAUCAUCACGAUCAUCACGGUCAUCACAAUCAUCAUGGUCAUCACGAUCAUCACGAUCACCAUGAUCAUCACGAUUAUCACGAUCACCAUGAUGACGACCACGACGACCAUGACCAUGAUGAGGAAACGAUGAAGAACUCCGAUGAGGGUACAGCAGGCCAAGAAGUAAAAGCUGUCGAGGCAAUGUCUUCUUUGGUGAACUACAUCCAGCCAAACAAGUUUAUUUCUUUUGAGAAUGCGAAAAAAAAGAACCGCAGCUAUGCAGUCACCUCUUUUGUGGAGACUAAAGGGGGAGAUUUGGCUACCAAGUCUGCAGUGUGCUUCGUGAAUUAUAACAAGAGGCAGAUGAGUCGAAUCUACCCCAAAGGGACCAGAAUGGACUCCUCCAACUACAACCCUCAGCUGUUCUGGAAUGCUGGAUGCCAGAUGGUGGCGCUCAACUAUCAGACCAUGGAUUUUCCAAUGCAGCUGAAUAUGGCCAUGUUCGAGUACAACGGCAGAACUGGCUGGCUCCUCAAACAUGAUUUUUUGCGUCGAUCUGAUAAGACAUUUGACCCUUUUUCUGACAGAAUCGACUUCAUUGUGGCAAACACUGUCUCAAUCAAGAUAUAUUCUGGCCAGUUCCUGUCUGACAAAAAUGCGAAGACAGGAGUUGAGGUGGAGGUGAUAGGUCUGCACGGUGACCCGAAACGCAAAUACAAGACAAAGUGGUCUGCGGCACACAACUCCAUCAACCCUGUGUGGAAUGAAGAGCCCUUUGUGUUUGAGAAGAUUCUGAUGCCGGAGAUGGCCUACUUGCGUAUUUGUGUUCAUGAAGAACAUGGAAAGUUCAUUGGACACAGAAUAAUCCCUGUCCAUGCUCUGCGAUCAGGAUUCCACCACAUAUGCCUGCGAAGUGAGAGUAACAUGCCACUGGACCUGCCAGCUCUGUUUGUCUACAUCGAGGUGAAGGAUUACAUUCCUGCCUCUUUUGCAGAUUUCACAGACCUCCUAUCAAAUCCCACUAAAGAAGAUAAGAAAGUAGUUAAACCGGCUCCUGUUCAGAAGCCACCUGCUGAGACCUCAAACAGCAAUCCUCCAGAGACACCAAGUACUCCAGGAAAUAAACUGGACACAGCUGUCCCUGACCCGCCAGCUGAUUCCUCUGCUGCUCCUGAUGUUGCUGCUGCCCCCACUCCCACUCCGAUCCCAGCCCCUCGUGCAGCCCCUCAUGCAGCCGCCCCUGCAGCCCCCCCUGAUGCCACCACUGCAGCCCCCCCUGAAGCCACCACUGCAGCCCCCCCUGAAGCCACCACUGCAGCCCUCCCUGAAGCCACCACUGCAGCCCCCCCUGAAGCCACCACUGCAGCCCCCCCUGAGGACACCACUGCAGCCCCCCCUGAAGCCACCACUGCAGCCCCCCCUGAAGCCACCACUGCAGCCCCCCCUGAAGCCACCACUGCAGCCCCCCCUGAAGCCACCACUGCAGCCCCCCCUGAAGCCACCCCUGCAGCCACCCCUGAAGCCACCACUGCAGCCCCCGCUGAAGCCACCACUGCAGCCCCCCCUGAAGCCACCACUGCAGCCCCCCCUGAAGCCACCACUGCAGCCCCCCCUGAAGCCACCACUGCAGCCCCCCCUGAAGCCACCACUGCAGCCCCCCCUGAAGCCACCCCUGCAGCCCCCCCUGAAGCCACCACUGCAGCCACCCCUGAAGUGGCCACUGCAGCCCCCCCUGAAGCCACCCCUGCAGCCCCCCCUGAAGCCACCACUGCAGCCCCCCCUGAAGCCACCCCUGCAGCCACCCCUGAAGCCACCACUGCAGCCCCCCCUGAAGCCACCACUGCAGCCCCCCCUGAAGCCAUCACUGCAGCCCCCCCUGAAGCCACCCCUGCAGCCCCCCCUGAAGCCACCCCUGCAGCCACCCCUGAAGCCACCACUGCAGCCCCACCUGAAGCCACCACUGCAGUCCCCCCUGAAGCCACCACUGCAGCCACCACUGCAGAAACCCCUGCAGCCACCCCUGCAGAAACCCCUGCAGCCACCCCUGCAGCUCCCCAAGAGCCUGCUAAACCUUCUCCAGAGCCAACUACAGCAACCAUUGAGGAGCUAAAACAGCACAAAAACUUUGUGAAAAUCUCACAAAAACACGAGAAGCAGAUAAAAGACCUGGAGAAGAAGUAUCAGAAAAAAAGGGAUGCCCUGGUUAAGAAAUACAACAAAAUGUUUGCAGCUCUUCAGAGCCAGCUCAAAAAGAAAGCAGGUUCUUUGAAGAAAGGUGACACCCCAGACUCUGCCCCUGCCCCAGACCCCAAGGUGGCAGAGGUGAAGGAGAAACUCAAGACUGAGCUGACACAGCUGCGGGAGGAACAGUACGAUCUCAUCAAGAAAAAGAAAGAAGAGCACAGUGCAGAGCAAUCUGUGAAGCUGCUGGAAACAGCGAAAGAAAAACAUGCAAGUGAGCUGAAAGCACUGAAGGAAUCAGUUGACAGUGAAACUAAAACCAGGAAGAAGCAGCUUGAAGUGAAGCGAAAUGAGAAGAUAAGUGAAAUGGUGAAGGCUGGUUCUGAUAAAGCCACUCUGGAGAGGAUAAAAAAGGAGCUCAACACCACCUUUAUCCAGGAAGUUGUUCAGAUGACAACCGCAGUUAGAGAACAUAUUGUUGACCAGCAGGAAAAACUGGAGAAGAAACAAGCUGCCACUCUGGAUGAGAUCAAAGAGAAAACGGACAAGCAUAAGCAGGAUGUGAACACAGAGUUUGAUGAGAAGAUGAAAGCUCUCCCUAAGGACGUGGAAGAGGGUGUGAACAGCGCUGUCCGCCCGUACUUCCCAGAUGAAGUUGAGAAACCCAAGGAGAAUGGAUCACAGGUUGAAGGUCUAUCUAAUGAGGUGUAUACAGGAUAGAUGCAUUGGGAUGCCAUGUCCCCAUUAGUCAUAAGUUUGUUUUAAUUACCGGUAUGUUUGCAUUUAUUUAUUUGUUUAUUUUUAAUAGAAAUCAAGUUCAUAAGCUACGGUACAACAUUUUUGGAUAGUUUCUGGGUUAGCAAGCUCACCGUUUAUAAGAGCCGCUUGUAUUCACUGGGAAUUUGAAUUUGAAUGGUGAGUUCUGAGGCCAAAACUGGCUUCUCAUAACCUCAACUAAGCUAUCCAGAGGGGCUAUGUUUACAAGUUGUUUUGAGAAAUUACAGCAGUCUUUUUAAAUCAAGCAAAGUUAAUUGUUUUAAAAAUCAUGGGGUCAGGGCUUUUAAAUGAACAGAACUAUGAACUAUAAACCUAUAUUUUUAAGCUUCUCUUUACUGAUGGGCACAACGAAUACCAUCCUAAUCAAGGAGCGUUACCUGCUGGAUAAUUAAUAGAGACAACAGUUAAAUGUCCCCAGCCAAAGGCAAGUGAAAUGAUCUAGUAGGUAAUGUAAGUUACAGUGAGAGUUUACAUUUUAUAAAGGCCAGUGAGCUUCCAAGGUUGUAGGAUACGGACUGUUCUACCUAACUGAAAUAGACAAUCUAGGUGGUCUCCAAUACAGAACACUAGACAACACGUUUAAUACUGUAAGAAGUACCAAAGUAACAUUUAUCAUCAAACCCAGUCUAUAGUAACCAAAGUAAAACAACCUCAAUACCAUUGCACUGCAAGACAAACAAAUGAUAUGCACUCAUUUUUGGCACUUGCAGAAUAGUUAACUAGUGAAAUUGUAUAAACUGGUGAAUAACAAAAUAACUACUUCCUUUUCACAAAUCUGUAUGCUGCCAAUAACUGGUCUAAAAACAGCACUGAACCAUUAAAUUACAUUUUUGCCACUUUUCAAUUUUCAACUCUUCGGUGUAGCCAUUCUCCUAUUAAAUUGUUGUGCCUGCGUGCUGUAAUUAAUCACAUUAUCUGUGGAAGAAGGAAAUGGUCUGAAGUAAGAGUUGAGAAAAUUGGACAUCUACAUAUCUGUAAUUGUUUACUAUGUAGAAGACAUUAUUAGAAUUGUGUUUUGUUUUAGAUAUCAGGUUUUAAUGAUUUUCUUUUUAAACCUGUUACAAAUAUGCACUGACCCACUUCUAUAACUUGAGCAAUACACUGAUUAGUUGCUUUUUGUUAUAAUUUCAUACAAUUGUUUAUUAUAAAUCUACUUUUGAGUACAAUAUAUUCAGUAAAGACAAAUGUGUUUUUCUUCUAAUGCACACAAUUGAACUGACAAAGCAUGCACUACGUGUGGGAAAAAAAAUAUAUAGUUGCAACAACUAGAAGUUCCGGUAUCUCUUGCUACAUCUUAUAACUCGACGUCGCUUUCACCUUGUCCUUAUUUGUGGGGACCACCCCCCCCCCCCCGUUCUAAAUUUUGACGGGACUAUAUAACUGAUAAGCCAAUCAAAAGUUGUGUAUUUAAAUAAUGAAAAUGGCCUAUAUAAAUGACUUGUAAUGUUUCUUUGGGACUGUGAUUAGAAGGAGAUGAAGUUGUGGAGGUCAGAUCAACCCCAGCAGAUGGGAAGGUGCAGCACACAGAAUCUAAAAAUAUUUUAAGUGACUCCGGUGAAUGGAUGAAGAGUUACAUAGAAAAACUAGGACAGCUUCAAGUUCUGUUGAUGCACUAUUAGGAUUAAGAGGUAUAUAAUUUCUCAAUUAUAUGCAUUUUUCUGCUGUGAUCAUACUUUUACCGAAACUCAUGAAAAAUGGUUUCUUCUCCCUUUUCAUUGACAGUUUUUAACAAAUCCACAUUUUAGAGUCCUAUUGAAUGUUAAUCAGAAUAUCAAAGGUUAUGGUUACAUACAUUUUGUUAACAUAAUGGUACGUUUUAAAUCCUAUUUUAGACUCAUUUUCAGCUAACAUGUUUUAAAAGAGGGUUCCUAAAGGAUUCUGUAGUUUAAAUACUCAUAUGGUGGUGACUUUUUUAAACAUUUAAACGUACACAUAAAAUAUAGAUUCAUAACAAAUAUUAUAGACCUUUUUAAAUAGGGGUAAUUUCUCUUACUAAAGCACUGACUGAAGCUGUUUCAGGACACAUGUACUCAAAUGUGCCAGGCUUUAUAACUAAAUGCUUAGCACCUGUCCUUAGAAUAAUAGUUUUCUUUCACAACCUUCCAUCUAUAUAUCAUUUCAAAUGUAUGCACACUAAAGCUGCUAGGAAAAAGAGGAAAAAGGAUAGUACAGAAAGAUGAGAUCCACACUGCCUAGAAAACUUCCUGUUACCAUCCCGCAUACCGUAUAAACCCAUUGUAAUGAUGGGUCCUGCACUGACCAAUCAAGGUGACAUCCAUCACACAACUUGUGUACUGUCUGCCUGGCAUUCCCAGCACUUACAAUUACUCACAGAGCUCAGGAGGCUGAUCUACAAGAGCUUGCAACUAACGCAUACUCUCCAUGGCUUUUGAGCCUGACUCUUACACUGUGUCUGAAAUGGUAGAAUCAUUUUGAAAAUGCACUUUCUUGUGUAGCCCUCGUUUGUAUCUUAAACUGUGGGGUAUUUCUUUGAAUGUAGAACCUACAUGUACUGGCAGGGAGCUAUAAGGGCAGUUCCUUACAACAGCCCAUCAUCUGUAACUCCUCAAGCAAGUAAAGAAUGUGUCAAGAUUGUAACAAUGUCGAUUGUGUUUUUAUCUCAAGUAAUUGAUAUAUAAAGCUUGCUUCUGUUGUUCUCCAGGAUAAACAUGUUUAUAAGGUUAUGUUGCAGUGUAUAAUGAUUUAUUUUGUAUUUUAACUCCAUAUUGUAAUGUUAUGCUUUUGUAAAUAGACGUGUAUUGAUCAUGACAGUAAACAUGAUUACUGUAUUUGUUUAUAAAAAUGGUAAUGGUAUCAGUUAUCUUUCUAAAGUAAUUUAAAAUAAACUAUUUAUUGCCUAUGGAUAUGUAUGAAUAAUAAUUACACAAAAAAUACAAU